CAAACUUAGUUAUUUCCCAUAUUUACAAAGAUACAUGAAAGUUAUCAUUACCGUCGAAUAUACUGUCCAUAUUUCAUUCGCACCAUACGAGUGUUAGCGUAGAACAAAUGUUUCAAAUAAUAUUCGAAUUGUCUGAAUUGCUAAUUGUCACGGACGUCUUUGUGAUUGAAAGAGAUGUGUUAUCGGACUUAAGUAUAUUUAUGGCCCGUAAUAAGCUGUAAGUUGUUAUUUGAAAUGUUUUUUGAGGUUUAACGAAACGCCGAGUCGGCCAAUAUACAUUACAAAGACACCUUCCUACUCGAGCUACUGUCAAAAUGACGAAAUUUGAAAUCUGUUGUCACACAGAAAUUUGACAAGAGCACUGCUGUGAGAAUGUCUGGAGAUGCUCAGCUUCUAGUCUCAGACAGACCAGUGUCGCCACAGACAUCUUCCCCUGCCUCCAAGCUUCCAGCUGCUGCAGCACUGACGCAGCGAGAACCAUGUGUUGGACAGGAAGCCAACUACAGACAGCCAUCCUCUGUGUCCAGUAGUCAGUCUGGUAGCCAAGGUCCUACUACACCUGGUACAAGUGACACAGAGUGGGGCACCCGACCACCGCCGCAAGGUGCCCCUUCACAGCUGGUGGAUCAGACAAGUGCCAUGGCAGCUGUUGUCGUUGGCAGUAUGGCAGCUGCAGCUGUAGGACUUGGGACAGGGACAAAAUCUGGGGAUUCCCCCAGAGUGGCCAGUGGCCAGUCAGGGCAAGCUCCGACAGGGCAGAGGUCGCAGGGGUCAAACAGUGACAGUGUCACUCGCUCUGUUUCACUCACAGGAGCUAUUAAUGGACUUUAUGGAACAGUUCCUGAUGAAAAACAGAAAGAGACUAUAGAUGAGUCUGAAUGUCCUGUUGUUGAGCUGCGUCGACAUCCAGCCCGGGCCCACCUGCGCCAUGCCCACUCUGAAGCAGAGACGACUGACUUGCAAAUAUCUCGGCGGCGAAGUCAGACGAUGGCCGAGAUGAAGGAGCAUGCGUAUCACAGACUGCAGGAAGAACUCCAGAAAGCUCAAACGGACCUGCGUCUGAGAGAUGAGGAGUGUGAGAAGCUGUCCAAGGUCCGGGACCAGAUGGAGGAGGAGCUGGAUGAUCUGACAGCAUCGUUGUUUGAGGAAGCCAACAAGAUGGUCCAGGAGGCCAACGUGAAGAGGAUGCACACUGAGAAGCUGCUAGCCGAGUCAAAUCAAAAGAUUGAAGUACUGCAGGCUGAAGUAGUGGCCUUGAAGCAACUGGUUCUGACAUCGACGCCCAGCUCCCCCAACAAACACCUGCAUCCCCAGAUUGCGGAGGCCAAGGAGAAGAAGGUCAGCAAGCCAUUCUGGAAGACACACAGACGGUCCACCAGUCACCAUGAGUUUACCAAGGAGUCUCGACAGGCUGCGGAGGCACAGCAGAACCACGGCUCCAUACACUGCAAAGAUUUUGACACAGCAUGUUAUGACCAGUUCCUGGGCUGGCGGCAGGACCCGGUGAUGGAGUGCACGAGCCCCUUCCUGGCCAGGAUGAUGAUGGAGGACAUCAUUCCCUGCCUCAACUUCUCCAACAAGAAGUUGGCAGAGAGAGUACAGCACUGUGUUGAACAUAACACCCUCACAAUAGAACCCAUUCCGGGGGACAACUCUUACCCCAGGAAGUGUUCCCUGACUGAGACGAACAAAUUGUGCAACUACAAGAUCAAACUGGAGGAGGACCAGGAGUGGUACUCAAUAUCACAGAUGUGUCGCAACAGGAUCGCCUCAGUGUGUGACUUCUACACCUACAUCAGGUAUAUACACCAAGGGCUGGUCAGGCAGGAAGAUAAAGAUACAUUCUUGGAAAUCACUCGAUUACGACGCCAGAUGGCGUUAUCUCGGCUAGGUUUACUAUGAGACUCGGACAUGACUCUCCACCGAACUGUCUUUCCACAACCAGCGGUCUCAUAUGUAUGUUUCUAGUUUCUCUCUGAUGCGAGCCAUUAACUUUCCAAAAACUGGGAUCCUGGAGGACACGUAGAUCAGGGACAUCAUCGCAGUAAAUGGCUGCACAGAAUGUUACCGAUCUUAGUAAAAUCAGAUCUUAGUUCUCGCUUCCGCUAAACAAAGGUCAUCCCAUUACCGGUCAUGUCAGAACGACCUUUCAUCCGACCAAUCAGAACGUCGCUUACCAGAUCAUGAAAGUGACAGUCAGAAUAUGAUUUUCUAAUCAUGCAACCAUGAAAGCAUUAACACAGGGUAUUCCGAACAAAAGUGACGGGCUUUAUGACUGAAUCCAUGCAAUCCAUCUUUUAGCAAUUCCAAAAUGUUCGUUUGUUCCAUUUUCAAAGUUUUAAUUAGGAAUUUGUCAAAAUAUUUUUCAAAGCGUAUUUGCGAGUUUCAAACUAGUGCCAUAAGGCCAUAUUGAGAAAGCUGUCUUCUGAUUGGCUAAUGUCGACUUCUUGUCAUUCAUUCCAGUGUUUGGUCAAAGUUCGUGAAAGGUCAGUCUGACGUGACCCAUAAUGAGAUGUCCUCAGAUCUUUGUUUAGCGGGAGCGAGGACUAAGAUCUGAUAUUAAUGAGAUUGAGAAUGUUCCCCUUGUGUCGUCCUGAAGAUGAUCUGUGUCAACGAGAGAUGCUACACCUUGUUUGACUCUUCCCAUCAUCCCGGACUCCCCUCCUGUUGACCUGUGUCAGGCAGAUUGCAGCACUUCAUGGUCCUAGUUCUGUGAAGAAAACCCCACUGGUACAAACUGGUCAUAUUGUAAAUAUGGAACAUUUUUAUGACUCAUGUAUAUGUUGCAAGGAACAAACAUUCCUAUUCAGUUGCUUUUAUCUAGUUUUUACAGUGUACUAUUUUAAGUGUAAGGCAAGCUGUGAGGAUGAGUGCAGGUUCACUGUGUGACGAAGUUAUCCACCUUUGUUUACCAUGAUGACACUUAUCAAGAUUGACCCCUCCUGGUCAAAAAGAUUGAAAUCUCUUAGUCCAUAUUGACCAAAGGAGGUUAUGCUGGGGUAGAACAUGUUUGUCUAUGGUAGAGUGGGAUUUGUCUGACCAUGUUUAGUAUUCACUUAAAUAGGAUAAAUGGUUUUGAUUGGUAUCUAGAAAUAUCGUCCAUCUUUCAACUUGACCUGAAGGAUUAUUGGAAUGAUAGAGGAGAUGACUGAAUGAUGGAUGACAGCAAGUUUGUAACCAAGAUUCAGCAGUCAACAAAAACUUAAAUAUAAGUGAGUAUGGUUGUAGUGUGUGAGUACCUUGUUGAAUCUCUGUAACAGAUCUGUCUCGCAGGCUAUAGCAAGGGAUCAUGUGAUUCCCAUUUUACAUGAAGAAGAACUUGAACAUGAGAAUGUGAUUCCCAUUUUACAUGAAGAAGAAUUUAAACAUGAGAAAGUGAUUCCCAUUUUACAUGAAAGAAAGAUAGAUGCACAAACUCAACAUGUAACCCAAGGUCUUCAUCGCACCUCUGCUCUCUGUGUCAUCUUGUGGUCAUCAUGGUGACAAGUGGUUCAUGUGUAGAGGACUUUAUAAGAGCCGAGUGGAACACCCUUCCAGACGUCUGUGAUGAUCUUUUUCAAGUCAACCUGUGGGCAUUGAUUUGAUUGUGAUGGUCUGUAUAUAUGUGUUUGGGUUAUGAGGGAAAUGCAUUCCUGAUAUUAUUUAACCACACUAACAUUGAAGUUUGUGAACAGUGCCAAACACACACUUGACAGGGGCACUGUACUUAAUUCCCGAUCUGAAUUAACAGAUCUGUCUGUGGAUUACAGGAUGCUUCGGUUGGUGUUCGUGAAAUGUCUGAUGAAGAUGUAAACUGUUAGCAAAAUUGAGGUAAAGUAAUACAUUUACUCUUUCUGUUGCUCAAUAUUCAGUGAGAUUAUUUCAACCAUUAUCUGAUUAAGACUGUUAUGUUUAGUGUAGAUUAUAUUCAUUGUCUCUAAUGACCAGUAAUGUCUUGCCACAUUUUGUUGACUAUAUUUAGUUAACACUCAUGGAUACACCUGCCCUUUUGUCCAUAUUCUCCUCCAUCUCCAUCAAAUCUAAAUCUCACCAAACAGCCUGGGUAUUGUGCAGGGAUCAGAUUGGAGUCUGAUGCAAUGUCAGUUCAGGGUAGACAUUGACGGUGAGGGUUCUGCCACAACCCACCCUGGACCAAUUCCUGCUCCUGAAAAUGUUUCAAUGGAGGUCAGCAGAACGUAGCAACCCAGAUUGUCUGCAUCCAUCAUGGCAUACAUUCCUUGCUGGGAGCUCGGAACUCAGAAUGACUGUGAUGUACACAUAUUGAGAUAUAAGCUACUAAACAUUUUACAGCAUUAUUGUCGGUUCCAGAAGAGGGAUAAAUCCAUGUCCAGCCAAAGCUGCAUCCUAUUCGUACAACAACAUCUCCAAACAGAUUUAUCCCCCAUGUCUGGACUCUCAGAAUGUCACUGUUUUAUGUUUUAUUUGGAAGUGGAGAAUCAUAGGCUGGGAUAUGGUGUGUUGAUAUGAGAGGUAGGGAUGAUUUACAUGCAGGCUCAAAUAUUUCUGAAAGAUUCAGAAAGAGCCACAAUGUCUCAUUGCCAUAGUGUGAAGAUGUUUUACUGUAAAACAUGAGAAGAAUUACUCUUUCUAUUUGGAGGUUAGUGAUGAGAUGAGAUGGUGUGAAGCAUCACUAUUGUGAUGCAUAGAGAACUUCUAUUUUUGUACCCCAAUCAAGGUCAGCAUUGCAUCAGGGUAAAAUCAGGGAACUGUGCUCAAGUUACACGUGGUGUUACAGAGAGUAUACGUUCUAAUUUGAAGCUUUUCUGUCCAUUUGUUCUGUAUUUUCAUGCUGUGUUGUUUGGAUGUAAUUCAUGAAGACUCAUAAUGUCAGCAAGUAUUAUUUGUUAUGAAGAAUUGACUCAGAGCAGUCUGAUGCAGGUUUGUACAUGACGUCCAUGGGGCUACUGACCAUGUGGCUCUAUGUCACCAACAGACAGGAACUAGCAAGGUGUAUGUUUGAAGUGUCCAAUGCUUGCUGCAGCCUGUGUAGACCCUUACAGUGUGGGUUGUGAGGAGCCAUGUGGUGUGCUCUGUAUUGUACCAGAUGGCCUGUGUGUGCAGUUCUUUAUUGUGCCAGAUGGCCUGUGUGUGCAGUUCUUUAUUGUGCCAGAUGGCCUGUGUGUGCAGUUCUUUAUUGUGCCAGAUGGCCUGUGUGUUAAGUUCCAACAACAGAGUGGAUGUAUCUGCAGCUGGGUGCAUGACAGUGUGUGUGUGUCUGUGUGUGUCUGUCUGUCUGUCUGUCUGUCUGUCUGUCUGUCUGUCUGUCUGUCUGUCAGUCUGUCUGUGUGUGUGUGUGUGUGGGUGGGUGGGUGUGUGUAUCUCCAUUUCAAGACAUGUUAUUAGAUAUGCAAUGUUACCACAACAAUGUUUUUUAUCCAAAACAUAGACUUGAUUUUAUAAAUAUUCAAUAAAUUUGCUAUUUCUAUAAAAAUAUACAGGUACUUGUGCUUAACUUUUGUGUGUGAGUAUACCUACUGGAGUUGAUGCAGCCCUCUGUCAGUCUGUGUGUUUGUGACUGUGUGUUUGUGUCUGUGUGUGCGUGCGUGCAUGCAUGCGUGUGUGUGCGUCCACUUAAGAGUUGAGAUGCAGCCCUCACUCAGUCUGUGUGUUUGUGUGUCCGUAUGUGUCUGUGUGUGCGUGCGUGCGUGCGUGCGUGCGUGCGUGUCCACUUAAGAGUUGAGAUGCAGCCCUCUCUCAGUCUGUGUGUUUGUGUGUCCGUAUGUGUCUGUGUCUGUGUGUGUGUGUGUGUGUGCAUGCGUGUGUGUGCGUCCACUUGAGAGUUGAGAUGCAGCCCUCUCUGUCUGUGUGUUUGUGUGUCCGUAUGUGUGUGUGUGUGUGUGUCUGUGCGUGCGUGCGUGCGUGCGUGUGCGUCCACUUGAGAGUUGUUGCGCCCCUCUCUUUGAAACCCCUGUCAGUAUUGCUCUUGUUUAAACUUGUUAAAUGAUUUAUUGAAUCAAAAACAAACACACAUUAACAGUGAUACCAUUCAGUGUCAACAAUUACUUGUGUGUUUCUCUGUUACUGAUGAAGGGCUAUUUGCAGGCAUUAUUCAUAAUAAACGUGAUUAUUGAAACAUCAGAUUUGAAAUACAAGAUGAAAUAGGGAUUUCCUGUGUUUCUUGUGUGAGUGAAAAACAUUGUGGUUGGUGACAUGAUCAUUGGAAAUACUCUUCAGUAGUGUGUAGCCAUGUAUGUAGUUUGUUUAAUUGUCUAGGUAGCAAUAUAAAUAUGUGUAGAUGUACAUAUAACAAUGUUCAUAUUCAGAUGCUAUUUUGUAUGUGUCACCAGGACCUGAAGGUGACUUUGUGAGGUGACUAGGACCCUGUUUUACAUGUCCUCCAUGUUGUGUACUUCGUGUUGGAUGCUUGCUUCCCUGUCUGUUGAAGGAUGGUGCCAUUUGAGGCAUGGGAACAAGUGUACAAUUUGCUAUUUUUAUACAGUAUUCAUGUUUUUGUACAUCUUUAUACCUGUGAUUUUAAAAAACCUCCAGAUGUCCUGAAACGUAAAUUGUUGUGUUGCAGCUGCAGGAUCUGCUAGUAGUGAGUUGCAAUCCAAAUUUCACACUGAUUAUCAUCCCUUUUAGGCCAGGAUGCUCUUUGGUUUUAUCUGAAGGGUUAAUGUGACUGCCAUCACUUUUUCCUCCCACAUGAGCUGACACUCCAUAAUAUAUAUGAAAUGUACACAACGUCAAACAAAAUUCACUCACCUUCAUGAGACUAUAUCACCCCAUCAGCAGAUGUUAUUGGAAAUGUCUUAGGCAGUGAGAUAAACCGUCAGAUCUGAUCACUUUUUUAAAACUAUUUUCAGAUAUGAAUUUGAACAGGUUAUGACAAACAUUAGCAGAGUUUUAUCUGAAGUUAUGAGGUUGUUGUUGAUAUCAUUUCUUGACUUUUAUCUGUUUUGAAUAGGGUUUUAUCAGCAUAGGUUUUUGUUAUUGAAUAGGGUUUUAUCACCAACAUAUUUUAAUCUUGUUAAAUUAGGUUUUUGUUUGAUCUGUUAUAAUUGUGUGAAACUCAUAUUCCUUUUAGCACAAGUAUGAUACACGUAUUGUGAAGUAGUAAACAGACUACGAUGGAAAUAGUACUUCAGAUUCUGUAUCAGCAGGUAGGCAUUAGGCUUCACAUCCAGGACCAAUGAAUAGUGGGAUGUCUUCUUUCCAAUUUAUGUAGCUUGAAACAAUAAUUUUGCACCUAGCUGUUAACGUUCACUCAGAAAUAUGUCAAUCAUGGUUCCUGCAGAGCUGAAAAGGACAUUGAACAAACUGAGAAGUAGUUUGGCACUCAUUAGAUUUGAGCCUUGAUCUACACCAUCUAGCAGAUACUCUUUGUCCUGGGACAGCAGAAUAUUGACUGAAAGGAAUUGGAGUUUCAAGGAUUGUGUGAGAAUUGAAAAAGGGAGGUUGUGUGAUCUUCAUCAAGGUUAUGAUAUUUUUACAGAAAACAGACACAACCCAUAUUGGCAUACUGUAUGUAUAUGUCUGGCCAUUAUAUGACAACUAUGAUAAAUUGUGCACAUGACUGUGAUGUGAAAUAGAUUUGGAAACAUUGGUGAUUGUUGGGAAUUGAUAAGGAAAGCAAACAUUCAAUUAAGUAUGUAUGUAUGUGUGUUGUGGCAUCCUGAACCCUUCUGACUGUCCCAGGUAUCCCCAGAUGGAGGGACAUACUGUGCAUGUACCCCAGAAGGUGUGAGGUGACUGGUAGGACUGUAUGUAGGUGCCACUGAGCAUGCUACUUAACACUGGCAAUCAGUGUUACAAUCUUAUGUUAUUUCUACUGAGGGAAUGGAGUGAUAUUUAGUCAACAUAUGCAUGAAUAUAAACUGAACAUUUUGAUUAAUUUUUUUACAUCUAAUUUAUUUGAAUAAAGAACUAUGUCCAAUAA